GAAGCGCCUAAUCUUGGCUUUUGCAGCGCUGUGGUCGGCGGUCAGCGGCGUUCUUUCCCUUCUUCCCCGGAGCUCUUUCUGUGGUGUUGCGACUCUCGUUGCCACCGCCAACUGCUCUUUGGAAUCAUGGUGUGCUGCCGCCUCUCCCCAGUUCCGGGCUCGGGGCUUGUUCUGCUCUGCCUCGUCCUGGGAGCUGUCUCAUGUUAUUCAUUAGAACUUAAUUUGACAGAUUCAGAAAAGAACAUUUGCCUUUAUGCAAAAUGGCAGAUGAAAUUCAGAAUACGCUAUGAGACUACAAGCAAAAAUUAUAAAUUUGUAACCAUAUCAGACCUUUCCAAUGCAACAUACAAUGGAAGCAUCUGUGGGGAUGACCAGAAUGGACCCAAAAUUGCGGUGCAAUUUGGAUCUGUUUUUUCCUGGGUUGUGAAUUUUACGAAGGAAGUGUCUACUUAUUCAAUUGACAUCAUCUCAUUUUCCUACGACACUAGUGAUAACACAACAUUUCCCGAUGCUAAAGAGAAAGGAAUUUUUACUGUUUACAACCCUGUGGCGUUCGGAAUUCCGUUGAAUGACAUCUUUAGAUGCAAUAGUGUAUCAACUUUAGAAAAGAAUGAUGUAGUUCAGCACUACUGGGAUGUUCAUGUACAAGCUUUUGUCCAAAAUGGCACAACGAGCACAAAAGAGUUUCUGUGUGACCAAGAUAAAACUUCAACCACAGCAGCGACCACUACUCACACCACUGUACCAUCUACUACAAUGCCUACUCCAAAGGAAAAACCAGAGGUUGGAUCCUAUUUGGUUAAUAAUGGCAAUGGGACUUGUCUUCUGGCUACCAUGGGGCUGCAGCUGAACAUCACUCAAGAAAAGGUUGUUUCAGUUAUUAACAUCAAACCCAAUACAACUGACUUCACUGGGAGCUGCCAUCCUCAAACUGCUCUACUUAGGCUGAACAGUAGCAACAUUAAGUAUCUUGACUUCGUCUUUAUGAAAAAUGAAAACCGAUUCUAUCUGAAGGAAGUGAAUGUCAGCAUGUCUUUGAAUAAUGGCUCUGUUUUCAGCAUUGCAAAUAACAAUCUUAGCUACUGGGAUGCCUCCCUGGGAAGUUCUUACAUGUGCAACAAAGAGCAGACAGUUUCAGUGUCCGAAGCAUUUCAGAUAAAUACCUUUGAUCUAAGGGUUCAGCCUUUCAAUGUGAUAGAAGGAAAGUAUUCUACAGCUCAGGAGUGUUCGCUGGAUGAUGACACCAUUCUAAUACCAAUUAUAGUUGGUGCUGGUCUUUCAGGCUUGAUUAUCGUUAUAGUGAUUGCUUACCUAAUUGGCAGAAGAAAAAGUUAUGCGGGAUAUCAGACUCUGUAACACUAAUCCAUAUGUGAUCUCUGUUACAAAAUAUUAAAGCAAGUACAAGUUCCAACAUGCAGUACUGUUCAAUUUAAGGUAUAUUUAGUUGUAGUUCUGACCUUAGAAUUGGGGAUUUCACAGUUAAAUACAAACACCCCAAAACUAUAAACUACAAAUUAAUUACAUGAUUGUGGUUUCCCCAACCAAGGGAUGUAAAACUGUUAUUUCUGCAGCAAAAGUCAUGUGCAAAAUCACCUGGAUUAUAGGUUCUAUUUUGUCUUGAGUUAAUAUUUCUGUGUUUUCACUUUAGAUAUUCUGACUAGAAAUAGUUUAAGAAAAACAAUUUUUAAAAAGGUUUUUUUUUUUUUUUCCUGCAUGUAGUCGAAUUGAGACAACACAUUCUACAGUGGAUUUGUACUUGUUCCUUUUGUAUUUUUUUCUGUGAUUUUGUUUGUAGGUUAACUUAGCUGCUUUGACAUUGCUGCAUAUUUGACCUAUGAGAGAUAUGCCAGUAUCCUAAUGUUGUUCGAAUAUAUUUGUGUUUAAUGUGGCUAUAAUGACAAAAGAUACAAAAGCUUUUAACAUUUUAGAAUAAGUGUUAAACUUAUUGUUUAAUCAUUUUUUUUUUAAGAACUAGAUAUUUCAGUCUUUUAAAUUGCAAGAUACAAAACUAUUCCAGCUGGGCAUUUCAAUCCAUUUUCUAUGUGCUUUAGAGAUAGUGGCUAGGCAGGCCAGUUUUGGGCAUUAGUUCUUUGUACCCAUAAAUUGGCUUAUGUAUGCAGUGCUAAAGUUAAUGUAGACUUCUCUCUAGCCUUCCAGUAUCCUUGGUGGCAGUAGUACGUUUUAUUCCUUUCCUGUCUUUUCUUUUCCUUAAAGAAAUGACAGUAUGUUUUAGAACCUAGAUAAAGAAGUGCACUUACACUUAAAAAGUAACCUGCACCUAACCCAUAAGUCUUGGUCUUCUCUUAGUCCAUUAAAAAGUUGGUUUUUUGUUUGUUUGUUUGUUUCCAGCUUACAUUGAUUGCUACAACAUUUACUAAUUUAGCUUUCCCAUUUAAAUGGUUUUGUGCUAAUCAAAACCUAGAUUAUUAUCAUUCAUUGUGGUAGAAUCAUGAUUAAUUCAUGUAUUUUGUGUUCAGUUUUGUCCUCAGGGGAGAUGCACCAAUUGUCCAUUUACUGUAUACCAUCUAAUGUUUAUAUAAGAAAGCAAAAAGUUUCAAUUUGAUAGUUAACACAUGGAGUAUUUCUUGCUCUUUCUAUGAGAUUUUUUAAUUGGAAUGGCUGAACAAAUAUUUUUAAAUUGUUAAUAUGCAGCCAUUGACGGUUCCUGAGUUUUUGCGUGUGGGAGAUUUUGUGCCCCCCCGCCAUUCACUAGAAAAUGAGAUAUCUGGGUUCCAAAAUAUUAUUGACCUUGAAUUAAUUUGGUAGUCUAGCUACACACACAGACAGACACACAGUUGCACACACAAGCAAUUGCAUGUUAACGUGUAUGUCUAUAACUAUCUUUUGAGUUACAUUGGAAUGCUAAAAUGUUUUCUCACAUUUAAAUUUGCUCUCUGUUUAGAGUAGCCUGAAAAAUCUUACUGGCUCAGAAUCAGAUUCCUCACCAGCUGUACAUUGAGCUGUAUUGUCGGCUUAAGGCACUUUUUAAAGACUAAAUAUAAAUCUGAUUUUUUUAAAUUAUUUUUUAUUUAAAUAGUGUCUUAGUGUAAGAUUGUUAACCUUAGAAGACUAGAUAACUCUUAUAAGAAUGUAGGCCUCAGUUAUUUCUCAUGAGUCAAAACAAAGCAGCUUUUUCAAAAAAUAAAAUUUGGAAGCACAAGUGGGUGGCGCUGGCUUAAUGCUGUUAAUGUUUUUAAAAGUUUCUGUGUUUAGAUUAUAUACCUGAUUCAUAUUAAAAUACCUCUAAUUAGCACUGUUUUCUAGAAAAUCUGACUUCAUUGAAUAUUUUUGUAUUUUACAUGGGCCAGUUUAUAUACGGUUAUUUAUGUUAUUAUUUCCUAUAGCCACAUGUUCUUUGUACCUUUUGUAGUUUAAUUUGCUCUACUGGGUUUACACCUUGAUGGUCUAACGCUCUGUAUGGUUCUGGAUAAUACUCAUGUUUUAGCAUUCGUAUAAAGAGACUGGUCCGUGUAAAUACUUCUCAUGUCUUUUUUCUCAAAUGUUUAAACCACUAGUUGAUGUAUAGUAUUUCUCUUUAGAUAUUUGCUUGUCCAUUUGCUCAACGUAUUGCUUCUAAAACAAACAAUAAAAAUUAUUUUAUUUCUUAAUAAAA